AUGUGCGCGUAUCUCUCUUUCUUCAAACAGAACGAGUUUCACCUACACCUUAGCGACAAUCUCUUCGUCAAUAAAGCCUUGUAUACCACAGAACAGAUAUGGGCCUUGUACAGUUCCUUUCGGUUGAGGUCCGACGAACGCGCGGUGGCAGGCCUCAACCAGCUCCAAAAUGAAUCAUACAGCUACGAGCAAUUCCAAGACAUUCAGAAGCAGUGUGCCGAGCGUGGCGUUACCGUAAUACCCGAAAUUGAAGCACCUGCGCAUGCCUUGGUCAUCACCAAAUGGAAGCCAGAAAUAGCUCUGAAUCAAGAUCCAACUAUGCUGAACAUCUCCCACCCCAGCACCGUGCCCACAUUAAAAACAAUCUGGAGCACAUUUCUACCGUGGUUCAGAUCCAAGACUGUGCACAUCGGGGCAGAUGAAUAUCAAGCCAGCCUUAUUCGCGACUACACUUACCUCGUGAACGAGCUAAGUAUGUUUAUCCAAGAGCUAUCCGGCAAGGCGACUCGAAUCUGGGGGACUUUCACACCCGCAAAAGGAGCCAACGUUUCGAAAGACGUCGUGAUCCAGCAUUGGGCACCUUACGAAGACAACGCAUACUUUGACUUCAUUCAAAAUGGAUACGACGUCGUCAACUCAGACUUUGCCUUUUAUACCAACGUUAAAUGGAACGGGUACUUUCCGCCAACUUUACCCAAGACUCUGAUUUUUGAAGGAAACCCUAUGGGAGGAAGUUUUGCUCCUCAUAUCUUUGACGUCAAGAACGCUACAAAUAAUCCAGAUCGGAGCAACCCGAGAGUUGUUGGCCACAUCGCGGCGCAAUGGAAUGACUUUGGCCCGGCGACUUCAACGUACCUCGAAGCAUAUCAUGGUUGGCGAGACGGCCUCCCAGCUUUGGCAGAUAAACAAUGGGGAGGUUCUCUCAAAGAAUACGAAUAUGACGCCAUAAUAGAGACGCUUAUUGCGGCCGCGCCCGGGCAGAACCUUGACCGUCGUAUUAAAUCCGAAUCGAGUGUCAUCCUCGAUUAUCAUUUUCCGAAGCAAAAUACUUGCAGCAGGAAGAUUAAAGACCAGUCCGGAAACGGAUAUGACGGAAUUUCUCACGGUUGCCAGAUUCAUAACUCCACUCUACAUCUCGAUGGGCGAUGCUACGUCGAGACACCCUUGGAUAGCAAGGGAAGAAACUACACCCUCUCGUUCUCUGUCCACCCGUUAUCUUCCGAGCCGGGCGUUCUCUUUUCCGGUCCUGACUCUGCCCUGGUCGCUGGAAAUGGUUCUAGUACGAACUUGACCUUCAUUGCAGCAGGGAUCGCAUUUCCUCUGAACUACACCCUACCACUGCAUACUUGGACAGAUGUUGUCAUAUCUGGGAUUGGGGGCUCAACUUUCCUGACUGCUUCGAGUCAAACCGGCAAUCAAACCCGAAACAUGGAGUUCCUCACAAGAAUUGAGGCUAACGGCGUCCCCAGCGCUAAUGGUGUUAUGGUCAUCUGGAAGCCCAUGGCUAUCGAAGCACCGUUAAGAGAGAUAGGAAGGGGGUUCAUCGGCAUGAUCAGGAAUGUUACCUUAGCUUCACUUGAAAGCAAAUGA